AUGGCAGAAAGAAAAGUUAUUCAAAAGUAUUAUCACCCAGAGUUUGAUCCAAGCCAAAUUCCGAGAAGGAAAGUGGCUGUGACUAACCAAGUCAAAAUUAGAAUGAUGUUGCCAAUGACGGUACAAUGUUCUGUUUGUGGAGAAUUUAUGUAUCAGGGAAAAAAAUUCAACUCCCGAAAGGAAACAGUUCAAGGAGAGGAAUAUUUAGGAUUAAAAGUAUUUAGAUUUUAUAUUAGAUGUACUAGAUGUGCUAGCGAAGUCACAUUUAAAACUGAUCCAAAAAAUAGUGGUUACGUUCCUGAACAUAAUUGUGUUCGAUCGUUUCCACCAAAGCAUAAUGGAUCAGAUGAAAUACAUGAUAAUAAUGAAGAUGAAGAUGCAAUGAAAAAAUUGGAAAGUAAAACACUCGAUAGUAAGCAAGAAUUGGAAGAUUUGGAUGUAUUGGAUUCUAUAAAAACAAUUAAAAAUUUACAAAAUAAGAUAUCGACUGAUCACUUGCUAGAAAAAUUACAAGAAGAAAAAGAACAAGAGGAACAAACUAAAGAGGAAUUUACACAGAACGAGUUGGAAGAAAUUAAUGAUUUUUAUAAACAGAAACGAGUGCAUUUAGAGGAUGAAGAGAUGAUGAACCAAAAGUUACCAUUGAGGAAGAAAUAA